GAAAAUCAUGGAAGUCUUGGUAAUGGUGACCGUGAAAUAAAAAAUGAGAACCGGCCAUCGUCGGAUCAACCGGAAGAAAAGAGCAUCGGUCCUGGCAGAAAUCAUCGUAGUGUUGGUAAUGGUGACCGGGAAGUAACCAAUGAUUACCGGCCAUCGUCGGACCAACCGGAAGAAUAG